UUUUGGUUGCCCCCAAAAUCGAUAAAACUUUCAAAAUGGCGUAGCCCUAUUACUACUUUUAAAAAAAAAUUGUCAAAAAGGUUUAGAAAUUCAAGUUCAUCCAACCCAUAGAAUUGGCCAUUAGUAGUGUAGUGUUGAGAAUAGUUUGAAAUUGGCGAAAUAAUGUCAAUUCGGAAGUCCUACGUUCUUGGAAAAUGAAUACGAAAUUGUGCAGAACCUGUGGAAAGACUGGCCAGAAUUUCAUUAACAUUUUUAGGACUGAAGGACUCAAAUAUAAAAUUGAAACUUGUCUUCCUAUUCUAGUAACUAAUCACUCUCUACUUCCAGACACUAUCUGCCCAGAAUGUCAAACAUCCGUAGAAUCUUUCUACCUUUUCACCAAAAGCUGUCUCGAAAACAUUCUUAUAGUCGAAGCCCAACUCAAUAUUCAAGAAUCUUGCCUAAAAUCAAAAAGACGUCAAGAUCAAGGUUGUACUGCCUCAUUACCUUUACCUAACCAGAAUACGUUUGAACAGAAUAAGGAAUGUUUCAAUAAGAUUUUUUUACCUAAAACGAGUAUAUCAAAUGGUUUAGUUGAUUAUGGAAUCGAAUCAGCUAAUGAUAGUUCUGAAGAAAAUGAUGAAACUGGGCAAGUAGUAUUGGGGGAAAAGUUGGAAGGCCAAAAAAUUCUUAAUGAUUACAUAAAAUAUGGAAUACGAAGUAAAGCUAUAAAACGCAAAAGUGAUAGCUUUGAAGACUGUGAUUUGUAUGAUACUAGUGAAACAGUAAAUGACAGCAAAAUAAAAUGCACUAAAUCAAAAAAUAUUUACACAACCAAACAAUCACUGGAAAAUAAUGAAGUUCAUGAGGAAACCACUUUAGAUGAUUUGGAAACUAGAAAUAAUGAAGAAAAAAGAUGUAUAUUGUGCAACCUUCAGUUAAAUAAUCUUGCUGCUUUAGCUCAACAUUUUAUAGAAGUUCAUUCUAAUGAAUCUGGUUUGGAGUCUAUGGGAGAAACUUGUGAAGAAAAGCUAAAGAAAAGAAGUAUCCCAAGCUUAGUGAAAAUUUCUGAUUUGAAAAAUGGCGAAUUAAUCGAAGAUGAAUCGUCCAACAGCACAACAAAUAUCAGCUGCCCAAAUUCCAAUUGCCAAACAACAUGUCAAACAAAAUCGCAACUUUUCAGUCACCUCUAUCAAAACCACUUGGACUGGACCGCAUAUUUAUGCGGAAUUUGCCUUGAAGAAACCAACUCUGCCUCAAAUUUGAAGCUCCAUGUGUCCAACUGCAUAAAAUCUCAACCUCCUACACACCUAUUUUAUUGUCAAGUUUGCUGUUUUGGCGAUAAUAACUGUAGAAGCAUGGAAGAUCACGUUUUAGUGCAUACUUUUUUGUGGGAGAACUGUAGGCUUGAGAAGAGGAACUUUGAUCCUCAAGACUAUAUACAAAUUAAUGAUGGUUUUGUUGCAAAUGGGACAUCGCCUGUAAAGAAGUUUUCUUGUGUCUUGUGCAACAUUUCUGACUUUGCCGAUUUUAAAAGCUUUACUUCCCAUAAAAGGGUUAUACACAAAAUAUUCCAUUGUGAUUUGUGUAAUAAAUUUUACGGAAGGAACUCACAUCUGUGGAAACAUGUGAACCGUAUUCACAAAAAUCAUCCAAGCAUUACCUGUCAAGUUUGCUUUAAAACUAGUGCUUCCAAAUAUUAUUUGUCACGGCAUUUUGCUAAACUUCAUCAAGGAAAUGUGAUUAAAAAAGCAAAAUGUGAUUAUGUUCAAGAGGCUGUCAAAAAUCUGGAUUCAACAGAUCCGGAAAACUAUAACAGUUCUUACGAUGACAACUAUCAAGCUAGUCAAUCGGAUGAUAAUCAAGACGAUGAUGAUUCAAUGGACAAAAAAAUACCCCCAAGAGAAUUAGAUCCAUCCCAUAACCUUUACACUAAUAUUCUCACAAACUACAGUCCUAAAUCUAAAGCCAAAGGAAAGUUCGAAUGUUUGAAAUGUUCCAAAAGAUUCCUGAAGAGUAUUCUCCUAAGGACGCAUAAUAAAAAUUGCAGGCCUAGAUCUCAAAAAGACCUACUAACAAGAUGUAAAAGUUGCUCAAGAGUAUUUAAAGAUAGACAAAGUUUAGCUAAACAUUUAGCCAACUACCAUUCAGAUUAUCAGUGUGAAAUUUGCACUGAAAAAGUACAAAGCAAAUGCGAAAUUGUCAGUCACAUCCGUUUCCAGCAUCCUUCCAGUCAUUUAAUAUGCAGUGUUUGUGAAAAUAUAUUGAGAAGCAAAAAGGAACUGUUGGAACAUUUAGCUGACCACGAAAACUCAUUUAUUUGUCAGUUUUGUGGAGAUGCAUUGGACAGCAAAGUUAAACUUAAAAUGCACAUUUUGAGCCUCCACAGGAAAAUUUUAAAUCUCAGCUGCGGCAUUUGCCUGAAAUUAUUUGAGACGCAAUUUGUUUUGCGUGAGCAUGUCAUGAUGAUUCACAAAGGGCAAUUGAUUCCUUUUAUCUCAUGCCCUAUUUGUGGUAAAAAUUAUGGUUCCAAGUGGAAGACUUAUGAUCAUGUUAAUAAGAGUCAUGGGAGAUUUUUUAAAGCUUGCAAGAUAUGUUUGGAAAUAUUUGAUUCAGAAAAUCAACUCGAAAUGCACGUAAAUUCUUCCCAUCCAAACCAGCCAGCUUCGAAAAAGUCCUCUAAGCUGAACCCUGUUGCAAUUAUGCGGCAAGCCUCAAUCAAAACUGAAGCUUUACGAGUUGAAAAAUCUGAUACUGAGGAAAUUGAAAAUAGUCUAACUAGUGGGAGUGAAGAUGACGAUGAAGAAAUUGCUGUACAAGACAAACAUCCGCACCUUCUCGAUCAGCAAAGUAAAAUUAAUUUGUUUGAAAAAAGGCUUUUUGGGAAUAGUAUGGUGCUUGGAAAAUGUCCUGUUAAUAGUCCUUCUGAUGACUUGACCCAGGAAGAAAAUCUAGUAUCACCAAAAAUAGUAAAAGAAUGUGCAAGAAAAUCCGAGCACCACUCGAAAAGGACAGUAUAUGAGAAUAGUAAUGAUCCAUCAUUUUGUGACAUAUGCCAUAAGUGUUGGCCUGCGAAGAAGCAUCUGUGGCAACAUUACAUCAGGUGCCAUAAACGCAUAGCUGCAACUGUAUGCGGCAUUUGCCUGAAAACCAACGAAACUUACGAACAACUUCAAAUUCAUUUAAGAGAAACCCAUCCGACGUUACUUCAUGGACAAGGGAUUGGAUCCAAUUUUAUUUGCAGGAUUUGUGGCCGAUACCAUAAUGCUAGCUCAAAGUUGCGAUUGCACAUGGUUAUACAUGAAAAGUUUGAUUGGGCUUUGUUGGAAAAAUUUCCCGCUCUUUUAUCAAAUAAUCGUACAAAACUUAGUAAAAAAACUCAAAGGAAGCAAAAUGGAAAAUAUGCAGGGGUUAAAAAGGAAGUAAAUAUUGAAAAUGAAGCAAUGUAUGAUGCUAUGAUUGAGCAAGUUGAAGAAUCUAGUUCGGAUUCUGAACUAGAAAAUACUCAAGGAAAAUCACCAGAAUCAAAUGAUAACAAACCUGAUGAUAAAAUUCAACAUUUGAGUUUCAAAAACUUUUUGCAAGCCUUGAAAAAUCACAAUCCCUUUAAUGAGUUCAAUCAAAUCGAGCAGAAUUCAGAGGCUCCUAAAGAAAAUGUUGCAAAUAAUAUGAGAGCUGAAAGUGUAAUUCAUAUUAUAGGCUCAACAGCACACAAGUUUGAAGAUGUUCAAAAUACUAGUCAGAGCAAUUUGAGCGAAGAUACUAGUUCAAGUGAUUCUAGUUCGGAUGGUGAGAAUGAUGAUAGUCAAAGUCAGUCACAAAUGGACGGAAAAGAUGAGACUUUUGAUGGAAACGUUUGCAAGUUUGAACCAGAACAUUUGAAUCCAGCCAUUGAAUCUAUAAGCGAUCCCAACAAUCAAGUACCAGCUAAAACGGAUUAUGUGUUUAAUGAGUCGGUACAACAGGGUAAUUGCUCGAACGAAACUGAAAUCGAGUCUGCAGUUGGAAGUAUACUGUGUUCUUCAGUUUUUUAGUGAAGAUGCAUACUGAAAAAACUGGCCCGUAUUUUUCUGCUCAAAGCCGCGCGAAUGUUGUUCCUUUACUUUUGAUUGUAAUAAUUUAAUUUCGUUGUUUGUUAGUUUAUAGUUUUGGAUUGUUAUCUAACAUUCCAGUAUUAUUGUGAUUUGGUAUUUUUUUACCUGUAUUUUUUUUAAAUUGUGAUUCAUAUGUGUGAUUUUAUUAGUUUAAUUUUGUUUUCGUUGUUAAUUUUUAUUUAAUCAAUUUUAUUAUAGUUUAAUUUUUGACCCUGGGCUGUUACUUAUGGAACAUUCCGAUAAAUGCUGUUAGUCCAAGAGGCAGGCAGUGUAAUUUUUUAGCACUUAUUUUCCCAGUUGGUGUCUAAUAAAUAGUUUGUUCUCCUGGUGAUACAAAGCAAGAAUUUUUGAGUCUGGCUCAAAGGCGUAGAUACUUUACAUUUCUGGGGGGUUUGGUAAGGCCGGGGGGGGGGAGGGUCUAGAGAGAAAAAUUCCAAGCUUAUUUACUUUUCCAGAACUUGACCUUAGUACUAACAUUUAAGUAGGUACAUACUUUUUGGAAGGACCCCGCAGAUUUCUUAUGGGAUUUCUGACCGCGGUCAAAUUUAGCCAAAUUUUAGUAUGUUAUAGAUCUUACGUUUCUGAUCAAUAACUACCAUGGGCACAACAUAAUCUUAUGACUAGUGUUUGAGAUACAGGUGGUUUAAUGUCCAAGAAAUGUACACAUUUUAUAUUCUAUUCACAAUCUGUAGUCCAAAUAAGGUACAAAUAAAUUUAUUAUCUUUCCCUCAAAUAGCAUUGAAAGGUGAUAAAUUUUACCUGUACCUUUGGACUACAGAUUGUGAAUAGAUAAUACAGGGUGUCACGAAAGGUUUGUUACAAACUUCUAGGGAUGGUAGAUCUCGUGAAAAUUAAGUUUUUUUUUUAAUAAACAUUUUUCCGGAAAUGCUUCGCUUUCCAGAUACAGGGUGUUAUACUUUGUAAAAAAAAAACAAUUUUUAUAGUAAUUCUUAGAAGUGCGUGCGUUUUAGAAAAAAAGUUUUUUAUUUGUUUUUCUGUUUAUUCCUAAGCAACAAAUAAACUAGUAAAAUUUCGGGUCAUUCAGAACCAAUUUAUUUAUUUUUUUAUGGAGGUCAGUGAUGUUCGUGGUUCGCCUAAAAUGGUUUUCGAAUUUUAACUUGAAAACGAAGCAGCAUACGAAAAAAAAUAUAGAGACAAAAAAGUUGUAUUUUUAAGAGUUCUAUUUAAAAGACAUAUCCCAAUUAAAAAUAAAUAUACUGGGCGAUGUUUUUCGUGCGAAAAACCAUCCGACA